CUUAACAAGUCCACGAACGUAAAGGUCUAUUCAAUUUAGUAGCGAUGCCAGCGCCGGUUAAACAGCACGCGAGUGAUAGUGAAGUACAUAUCGACAUCGACAAAGACGUAGGAUACAACGAAACACCGGUAAUAAAAAUCGAUAGUAACAAACACGACACUAUGAACGGAAACGGAACGUUAGCACACUCCAAACCGAAGCCAGUUAAUAUUUCAGAGGUCGUCCAAAAAGCCCGGAACACAUUCAACAGCGGCAUCACAAGGCCGUUGGAUUGGAGAAAGAAACAAUUGAAGAGCUUAUUGAAGAUGUACGAAGAGAACAAAAACGCUAUGAUAGACGCACUUGUCAAAGAUCUGAGGCGAAGCAAGACGGAGGCGAUACUACUAGAAGUCGACUACCUGAUAAAUGAUCUAAGUAACACGCUGAAUAAUUUCGACGAGUGGACGAAACCUGAACAGCCUCCAAAAGGUAUUGUGAACGUUUUAGAUGACGUGGUUAUCUACAACGACCCCUAUGGCGUGGUGCUCGUAGUCGGUGCGUGGAACUACCCUUUGCAACUGUUGUUGCUGCCCAUGGCUGGUGCGAUUGCGGCAGGGAACGUGGUCAUCGUCAAACCCAGUGAACUAGCAGUCGCCACUUCACAGUUCAUUGCCGAAACGCUGCCUAAAUAUUUGGAUAAUGAUGCAGUUUUAAUCAUAGAAGGAGGUCCGGAAGAGAUGACCGAAUUACUAAAACACAAAUUGGACUACAUCUUCUAUACUGGAGGCACAAAUGUCGGAAAGAUCGUAUACGCUGCGGCUACCAAACACCUCACUCCUGUUACGUUGGAAUUGGGAGGGAAAAGCCCAGUAUACAUUGACAAUACAGUGGACAUGGAGGUAACAGUAAAACGUGUGCUAUGGGGUAAAUUCAUCAACGUUGGCCAGACUUGCAUCGCUCCAGACUACAUUCUUUGCUCCAAGGAAGUUCAGGACAAGUUUGUCGAAAUUUCCAAAAAUGUUUUAAAAGAAUGGUACGGAGAGGACCCCCAGAAGUCACCGGAUCUUUGUAGGAUCAUUAACAACAGGCACUUUAGCCGUCUCCAAGCAUUAGUUGAUGCGAGUAAGGAUAAAAUAGCUGUCGGCGGUCGCUACGAUGCUCAGGACCGUUUCGUAGCUCCCACUAUUGUAAAGAAUGUAACCACCAGCGACAAAAUAAUGGAAGACGAAAUAUUCGGUCCGAUCCUACCGAUAGUUCCCGUCGAAAACGCAUAUGAAGCUAUCCAAUUCAUUAACUCGAGGGAUCAUCCAUUAGUACUUUACCUGUUCAGCAAGCAAAGAAAAAUUCAUAAGCUGUUCACAGAACAGACACGAUCAGGCAGUCUCUGUGUCAAUGAUACGAUCAUGUUUUACAGCGUUGACACGUUACCGUUCGGUGGUGUCGGUAACAGCGGUAUUGGAGCCUACCACGGCAAGAAGUCAUUCGACACGUUUACGCACAAGAAGAGUUGCUUGGUGCGAAACUUUGCAGCAAUUGGAGAGAAACUGGCUUCUGGUCGCUACCCGCCUUACUCCGACGGCAAGCUGAAGCUUAUCUCUACAUUGAUGAAGAAGCGCCAGGCCCCAUCCUUCACGUACUUGCCACACUUCAUUGCCUUUGCCCUAGGAGUUGGCCUGUCUUACGGAAUUUUCGCUUGGCAGAAGGUGGCCUCUGAAGAGUUAUAAAAGACAAAACUGCACCGGGAUGUCAGGAGUUUGAUAUUUUUUUUAUGUUGCUGUUUCUUAAAUCCUUAAGAAAUAACUUUAAGAUAUCUUUUAAAAAUAUAAAUACUUAAAGACUCAAAUUCUCAUCACU